AUGGUACCGUUUCCUAGACUUCAUUUCUUUAUGCCUGGAUUUGCUCCACUGACGUCAAGAGGAAGUCAGAAUUAUAGGGCUUUGACUGUGCCAGAAUUGACACAACAAAUGUUUGAUGCUAAGAAGAUAUCUAACAGUCGCAGCAAUAUUUCGAGGUCGAAUGAGUAUGAAAGAAGCAGAGAAAAUAAUACUAAUUCAAAAAUAUUUAAAAAAUUGAAGGUUGAUGAACAAAUGUUAAAUGUUCAAAACAAAAAUUCUUCAUAUUUUGUUGAAUGGAUUCCUAAUAAUGUAAAGACUGCUGUUUGUGAUAUUCCUCCAAGAGGUGUUAAGAUGGCUGCUACUUUUAUUGGAAACUCUACUGCUAUUCAGGAAUUGUUUAAGCGAAUAUCUGAACAAUUUACUUCUAUGUUCAGACGCAAAGCUUUUCUUCAUUGGUACACAGGCGAAGGAAUGGAUGAAAUGGAAUUUACUGAAGCUGAAUCUAAUAUGAAUGAUUUAGUUUCGGAAUAUCAGCAAUACCAGGAUGCCACUGCUGAUGAUGAAGGAGAAUUUGAAGAACAUGAAGAGCCGGAGCAUGAUAUUGAAUAGAUUUAAAAAAAUGCAAUGUAAUAAGAUAGAUAGAAAACCAAAUUAA